AUGCCCCACGUAAGAAUAUGGUUUAAAGCUUGGAUUUACUGGGGGCUCGUUUGCGGUUGGGUCGAAGGUGCACGACCACGCUUCGACACGUCCACGGAUAUGGGGUUGGUGUUGAUUCCAGCGGACGCCGAAGUCGAUUCGGUGAUCUUCCGGUUGCGUGCCACCGAUCAGGAUGCGGAUUUCCCUCUCGUUUUCGAAGUGACUGGUAAUGAAAAAGCACCCGUGGUGAGGAUCGACAACCUGCCGUGCACACUGUACAACAAGGUCUGCCAGGCCAAUGUAAUUUUAACGAAGCGCCUUACGCCCGGACGCCUCCACGAUUUCGCCGUCAGAGUUCGGGAUACCAAGGGGGAUUCGAAUUCGAUGCAGGCCACCAUUUCCGCCACGAACGCGACGACCUCGCGUGAUAAAAUAUUCCCGCACAUUCCCUCGCUGAUAAUGGUGCCCGAGGACACUAAGCCGGGUAAGGAACUGGAUUACCUUCUCGUACGAGCCAAUUCCUGGAGCGGCAAGCCGGUUUACAUCGAACUGUGGGUACGUCCGACGGAACUCUUCACCAUUCGCCAACGGCAAACGCCGACGCAAACGCGCGGUGUAAUUACGCUGAUCGGCGAGCUUGAUUUCGAGACGCAAUCGAUGUAUACUCUCACCAUUUACGCAACGGAUCCUUACACGGAGCCCGGGAAGGACACGAGAAAUAUCGCAGGGUUGAAUAUCGUCGUAGUGGUUCAAGAUGUGCAAGACGUGCCGCCAAUUUUUACCUUAGCUCCUCCUUUAACCAGACUUAAUAAUUCUGUGCAAACCGGCGAUAUAAUAUUACGAGUUCACGCGGAAGAUGGAGAUAAGGGAGUACCGCGUGAAAUCACGUACGGUCUGGUGUCCGAGGGCAACCCUUUUAUACCGUUUUUCAACAUCUCGGAAACCACAGGUGAGAUCGUUCUCGCCAGACCUUUGGAGGAACUCACGCAAAUCACUCACGUCGGCGCGCCGGUCGUGCUCAGCGUGGUCGCCGAAGAAAUACGAAGGUCGAGGGACGAGCCGCCGGCCCAGGCGACAGUCGUCGAAGUCGGUUUCCUUCUCGGUGAACCGGGCAACAGUCCGCCAUAUUUUGAGAACGAUAAAUACAUUACAUCGAUACCAGAGAAUUUGGAGCCAGGUUCCGCGAUAACGUUUCCGGAGCAAUACACGACCAGAGUCCGCGAUGAAGAUAUCGGAAAGGCUGGCGUGUUUGCAUUAAAGUUGCGAAAUAAUAAUGGCACUUUUGAAAUUAACCCAACUGUCGCUGAAAGAACGGCGGACUUUAUCAUUUCGGUGCGAGACAACACACUCAUCGAUUAUGAAACGUAUAAAAGUUUAUCCUUUAAGAUUAUUGCUCAAGAGGUCGGUCCAGCGACGAAUCUAUCGGCGUCAGCAGCGGUCUUAAUAUUUAUAGAAGAUGUCAACGAUAAUUCGCCGGUGUUCGACGAGGAAUCUUAUGAAGUUACAUUAUCGGAAAACGUCACCGCUGGAGCACGAGUUAUUCAAGUGCGCGCAACCGAUAAAGACACCGGGCUCUUCGGCAGUAUUAAAUAUACGGGCAUAACGGGGCGAGGAAGCGACGCUUUCACUAUGGAUCCUGAUACCGGUUUAAUCACAGUUGCGAUGGGGUCGUCUUUGGACCGUGAAAUGGCAGCGCAACUCCAACUGACCGUAAAUGCAUGCGACGAGAACGGCAAAGGUAACACGGGCACGGUAUCUUUAAUAGUGAACUUGCUCGACGUGAAUGACAAUGCGCCGGUUUUCGAGAUGGACGUCUACGAGUUCACGUUAAAUUCCGAUCUGACGAAUUUCACAACGCCAGCAUUCAUAAAGGCCACAGACGCCGAUGCCGAGCCACCGAACAACGAAAUUCGUUACGAACUAAUUCACGGAAAUUAUGAAAAUAAAUUUUACCUGAACGAAAUUACCGGAGAGUUGAUGUUACGUUCGCCUAUUACGAAAUUCAGGCGGAAGAAACAAAGCGUCUAUGACAAUUUCUCGAAAAAGUCACACAAAGGACUCCUUCAACCGGAACAAACAAUACGAGAAAUCGUAACGAGAACGACAAUGUUCCCGAACACAACAAACAUAACGGACAACGUUUCAAACAGAACCGAAUUAAAACGCCAAUUCGGCGAGAUAAAAAAGCGUCGGAGGAAACGGGAGAGCGAUAUUUUAUACACUUUAACUGCCAGAGCGUAUGACCUCGGUGUGCCACAUCUCGCGAGCGAGACACGGAUCUCGAUCAUUCGAGGAAGCGCCAUGGAGGCUCGUAUAAUGAUGUUCGUGGUGCCAGGAGAACACCCAAAUUUAACGAGAACCGCCGAGACAUUGGCCACUAUAACAGGCGGGCGAGUGACCGUAUUGGAUACACGUCCUUACGUGCCGGACAAUCGACCCGGCGUCACCGGCAGUAGCGUACCGGUGGAAGGGAAAAGAACAAUUGUAGUGGCUCGCGUCGAACAGACCGAGCCCGGCGCACCUUUGGUGGACGUGGAGAAAAUUCGCAAUACCUUAGCUGCGAAUGGGGUUGGCAUCAUCAGCGGCGCGGGCACCGCCAACGUAUCAAUGACGUACGGUUACGGGACUACUACGAAACUUCCGAUCGAUGGAAUAAUUCCCAUUGGGGGAGACAGCACGGGGACCUACGUAAACAAAACGAUCAGCAGCGUUCACGAGGAAGUAACUGUGUAUAAAGCGGAGAAUAAGCUGCUUUUCUGGCUGUUAAUUAUUCUGGGUCUUCUGAUGCUGCUGGCAAUCGCAGCGCUUAUUAUCUGUUGUAUAUGUCCGGGCUGCCCAUUUUACAUGGCACCCAGGAAACGCAGAGUGUAUUCGUCGGAAACGCUUAUUGCUCGGUCCAACGGUCGACCGAAACGACAUAUUCAUCGAAAGCCACUGACCAUGAUCGAGAUUACGUCGAACGGAAAGAAACAAGCUUGGAGUGCGGAUCCGACUCGACGAAAUUGGCAGUUCAAUCGUCGAAAUACAAAGAACGGCGGCUUGGCGUCGCUUCCUGGUGAUGUUGUGUACAUUUCGGAGCGCCCUCCGAUCGAUCAAGCGAAUGUGGAAUCACUGAGACUACGCGACGGCCCGGCCUAUGAUCCUUCGAGGAGGAGGAGGAUUGAGGACCAGGAGAGAAUGUACGUGGAGGAUGUCGAGGAAAGGAAAGUUAGAGACUACGAUGCCACCGACGCGGAUUCCUUGCAACGGCACGAGAUCGAACGAGGUUCGGAUAUUCUGCGUCAAGCUUACAGACAAAGAUACAUCGAUCCCGAGUCGAACAAUGAGCCAGCGGUAAGAGAGCAACAUUUCUAUCGUGAGGGUAACGCGGAGGUGCUUCAAUUGGUAACACGGGGACAAGUGGAGGACGACAUAAUGAGCCAACAUCCUCAUUACCCGACGACUCUGAUCGUGGACGGCAAGGAUGUGCUUCUGCAACGGUUUAUGCAGGACCAGAAAGCGAGGCACGAGGUGUCGAUGCAGGAGCCCGAGGUGGUGCGCACCGUCGAGUCCCAUCAACGCCCGAAGAACUUGUAUCAGCAUCAACAAGAGGUCCUCUUACUGCCGGAAGAACUGGAGAUCCGAUCGCAUCGACACGAGGAAGAAAUGCAGAAGAUGGCGAUGGAGGACGCGUACGAGGCGCAGAAGAUGGACGUGGAGUCGCACAUCCGCGAUGUGCGUCGUCAGGAGAUUCCGAUGGCCGUGCCCGGAAUGUCCACAGACAGGCCGUCCAUUCCGAAGGAGCAAGCUCCGACGGUGCAGUCGUACGCGUUCCACGACUUGGAGCUGGCGAGGCAGAACGCCUUGUUGACGCGAUUGCUUCUGGAAAGAGAGGCCAAGCAUGCCGGCGGCGCGAUAAUGGUAGACGCCGCGAGUUACCUGGAGACUCAAAGUUUGCCCGGACAGGUGGCCAUCGCGACUCAGACCGACAGAGCCGCUGCGACGCAAACGGAGCGGCAAGCCAGAAGCAGAAGCGACAACGACGAGUCCGACGAGGAGAGUCGCAAUCGCAAGAAGAUCAAGACGAAGAAACGCUACGGCGACAGCGAGUCGAAGAGAACGCGAACGCUGUGGAUGAAGUCGCCCAUCGAGGAAGAGGAGAACGAGUGUUUCGACAAGCGACUGAAUAUUUUGAGGAAGAAAGUGAAGGAGGUGAAGGAAGCUCGGAAGGUGUCUUUGGAACCUGAGGUACUGCGUGAAAUUUCGGAUUCCCUCGACGAGAACGGGGCUUCCUAUUCGAAGAAGGAAGGAAAAUCGCCGAGAGCUCGUAGAAAAGCCGCCGAAGAGAGCAGUAGCGUUGGAUACGAGGCGCUGGGCGAGGGGAAGAACGGCUCGACUUCGUCGACGGAGGUCAGUAAGCAGCGAUAUGAGACUAUUUCCGACGAGAAACCGACGGAGAUCUCGUCGUCGCCGGAGGUGAGCAUCGAUCACGGUAAGUAUAUUCGCGAAACGACGGAGAGGAGAUGCUCGAGGAAGGAGAGCAGGGUGAAGAAGCAGAAGAAGAUAGAGUCCGUCAUAAAACCUAGCUUCCGGGUCUUAGAGCGAGAGAUCACGAUGCUGACGAAGAAGCUGAGCAAACUCGCCGAUAAGAAGACGCGGCAGGCCGCCGGGGAGGACAGCACUAGCCGAGAGAAGUCGAAGACGUCGAAGGACUCCAAGAGAGACUCGGACCGAGGCACGUCGAAGACGAAAACGGACGAGCACAAGCGUUCUGACGCCUCGCCGAGCACAUCGAAGGAGGCAUCCACGAAGACGCGGCAACAAAUCAAGUAUCAACAGAUCAUGAGUCCCGGCAGCUCCGAAUACGAAGACGCGUGCGAGAAGAAGAAGUCGAAGAAGGGACUGCGCCAAGAAGUCGCGAGGCACAAGCAGACGAGCAGCCGCAGUCACACGAAAGUGAAGAAGCAGAUGCAGACGCAGAUCGAGCGGAAGAAGCAGAAGGAUCGAGAAGCCGAGAAGCGCAAAGACGCGGUGAGCAAGGAAAGCAGCACGUCUGAGCCGAGAACUGAGAAAACCGCCGUUAAAUUAUCGUCGCACGCGCAAAAGCUGGCGGCCAUCGGCCGUAGAGAGAACGUCCUGGAAGAACCCAGCACGAGCACGAGCUCCGAUCGAGCGGACGGCAAGAAAGAUUCCUUCGUCGCUCGGGACUCCGACAAGAAGAGCACCGAGUUCUCGGGCGCCCCGUCGAUAUCCCACGUGGAUCAACGAGAAUCAAGGCGGAAGGUGGACCGUGUGAGCGAGAGAUUCACCGAUGACUUCGUGACGAAACAGCAGACGGGAGAUAUCGACCGGGAAAGUGCGCUCCAUUCGGCAAUGGAUACGAGCACGCACAAAGAAGACAUCGUGGACGCAAAAGACGCUGAAAUAAUGCAACGGUUCUCCGACGAUUUUACAUUAGAUACGUGGACAAAAGAGGAGGCGAACGUGGAGCAUCAAGCGCCAGCCGAUGUCGAAGGAAGGGAUGAGACCGGAUACGAACCUCACGAUUUCGGCAAGGAGCACGUCACUCGGAAGGAAGUGGUUGAGGAUGUCGCGGUUCCUCGAGACUUGGAAUACGCACAAUUCAAAGAUGAAUCGAUGCCGGAUGCCAAGGAGCAGCAAGCGGAAUUAUUUGAAGCUUUUCGUGUGAAAGAGAUCCAAGAUAGACGGGAGGAAACCGUACCUUCGGACUCUGCCGUUCAAGAAGCGUCGGAAGAGCAUCGAGUGAGGAGGCCGGUGUUUCAUUGUAGCAAAUGCGCCGACAGAGCGAAAUUAGUUGGUGUGACCGCGGGGCACGAAGAAACACAUGAAACUUGGCAUGAAAUCGAGAAAGGAGUAGAAGAAGAGGAAGUUACGCCGGAGAAAGAUGUACACGAAUUAAAAGUACUGGGAGAGGCUGAAGAGAGCGUCAAAGAAGAAGUGGGUGCGGGAGAGAAACAGGCGGAAAGUCCGAGAAUGUUAAGCGAUUCAGUGAAACACACAGAGCAACUGAAAGAAGAAGAAAAAAUCAAGAAAAAUGGAUUACAAAGCGGUACUGACGAAGAUGCGGAAGAGAAACCUGCGGAGAGUCCGGAAAUGUUAAGCGGCUCAGUGAAACACAUAGAGGGAUUAAAAGAGGAAGAGGAAAAGAUCAAGAAAAAUGGAUUGCAAAGCGGUACCGGCGAAGAUUCGAAGAAAGACGAAGAUUUAAAAGACAUUAAAGAUGUUACGGAUUCGUUACAUGAAAACGGGAAAGAUAAAACUGUAGAAUCGCAUGCGGACGAAAAAGACUCGAGAGAGAAGUCAAGACGCGAGUCGAAAGAGCACAGUGAAGAAGAGACGCCUUCAGCAGAGAGUCUAAUAGAUAUUGUACAAAAAGUAACGGAGAAAUUAGUGCCGAGAGAAAUUGAAGAUGCGUUAUUACGUGAGAUCAAAAGUGACGUGGAAGAAGAAGGUAAGAUUACAGCGACGGAUACCGGCGAACAUCGAGAUGUUGAGAAAUCGGAAGAGGUGUCGAAGGAACAUGCUACUUCGGAAUCCGACUCGGAGAAGAUAAAGGAGGAUGAAAAAUUAACGAUAGAAAUAUUCGAGGGAGUAUACGAUAUUAAUCAGCCGUCCAAGAGCGACCCUGUGUAUUCAAUUGAUAUUCGCUCCGAGUCCUUAACCGAGGCAAGUGACAAAACAUUAAUGGAUAUUGAUGAGAGCGUUCAGGGGAUGCUGAAGGGAAGUUUAAUUCAGACCGAGUCUGAUCAAAUAACGGAUAUUACGAGAGAAGACAUCGACACGGAUAAAGUGAAGCACGGUGCUAUUACAGGGAUAGAAGUGGAGAGUCAUGGAGCGGAAGAAGAAUCGCGCGUAUUUCGUCAAGAGGCAUCCAAUUUUCGAGAAAGGAAAUUAGACGAAACUGGCGAGACUGAGCUUCCCGCGUCACCGACGGAAGUUCCCACUUCCAUGCAAGAAGUUGCGGACACGGAACAACCGCGAACUGAGUGUACAGAAGAAGUGAAAGAAGAAUCAUUUCGCGAAGAGCACAAAGAAGAGGAAGAGGAGGAAACGCUCGGGACAAAAGGGAUAUCCGGCGAAAGUAGGGAGGAAACGCCCGACAAAGAUUCCACUGGUGACGAGUCGAAAGAACAUCCGAGAGGUUCAGCUGUUGGUCAGCCAGACACAGUGGACGAACCUGCGACAGUCGCUGAGAGCGUAGACGCCGCAGGUCUACGAGACCAAGACCAGGAAGAGCAACGAGUAGACGAAAACAACCCUGUCCACGAGACGCCCUUACGAUACCCCACGCCAUCGGCAAAAAUGGCAGCAGCGAGAAAGCCUUGA